AAUGAAAAACUUUGGAAGCCCUCACAAAUCAAACGGAUAUGGCUGAUAAGAGAAAGAACUUGGAAGCGUAAUUCGAGGCAAUUCGACCUGGCUGGAGCAGUCACCAAACCAUAUCCAUUGCGAAAACGAAGGAUUUCCCUCCACUGCAACAGUUGAACCUCUCCCCCUUCGUCAAUGGCGCUUUUACAGCCCCCCAAAACCCUUCAAAUCACCGCCAAUCUCUUCCCCAUCUCUAAUUUCAGCUCCAUUCGACCUUCCAUUUCAAUUCCUUUCUCCUCCUCCUCCAAAACCCAUCAACAAAAUGCUCUUCUUUCAUCAUCCACCACUCCCAGAAGGAUUCUGUGCAAACCCCCCAAGGGAAAGUACAUCCACGACGAUUAUCUUGUGAAGAAGAUGACGGCUGAAGAAGUGCAGGAGCUGGUGAAGGGGAAAAGAAAUGUGCCGCUUAUAAUCGAUUUCUAUGCUACAUGGUGUGGACCCUGCAUUCUAAUGGCUCAAGAACUUGAAAUGCUUGCGGUCGAGUACGAGAACAAUGCAAUGAUCAUCAAGGUUGAUACAGAUGACGAAUAUGAAUUCUCGCGCGAUAUGCAGGUGAGAGGACUGCCUACACUUUUCUUCAUUAGCCCGGAUCCGAAAAAAGAAGCUAUCCGCACCGAAGGUCUCAUUCCGAUUCAGAUGAUGCGAGAUAUCAUCGAUAAAGAGAUGUGAGCUAUGAAGAAAGCAACAUCAGGAAUACCCUCGUCAACACACCGGGAAAUUUGGAGCUCGAACGUGUUCUUUCGAGUCGUGGAUGGAGUUUUUUGGCCUCCAGUAAGUCAUUUUUUAACCAGAGAUUUGAAUGGCGGAAAAGCUAUUACUUUGCUCCCAUCAUUUUGUACUGAAAACAGAAUUUUCUUUUCUUUAGGAAGUGUUAUCUUGUAGUAGCAACAGUUCAACUAACAGAGUUUUAGUUGAUUUUAAAAAUUUAAUCAUAGGUUGGUUUGGUUCGGUCCGU